GCGUACGCGGCCGUGAUUGUUGUGAAGAUGGCGGAGGGAGAGACAGAGAAGGAAUAUGAUACACGGAAAGCUAUCGAGGUGCUUCGAGAACAGUUCCAAGAAUUAACUACAAUAUUAAAAGAGAGCCCGAUAUCAACGUUGGAGGCUUCUUUGCAUUACUGCCAGGAAUUCUGCAAAGUCCUUGUAGAACAUGCAGGACGGUGGAAGACAGAUGAGGAUCCACUGCCUUUGCUGGAGGUUUACACCUUGGCCAUACUCAGCUAUGCAAAGGCCACUCCUUGUCUCUCCUCCGAAUGUGAAAAUGUGCCACUUGUACUUGAAAAGCUAACACUGAGCUGUGUGGAGUUGCUGCUCUUGUUGCCAGAGCCUGUACCUGGUGUCUUAUGGGAGGACUUCCAGUCCUCUGUGAAGUUGGCACACAACUUUUUACAAGAAAGUGGCAACAUGCAGCUCCACAUGCUGUCAGCUCUGGCUCAGGAGCAUGGCGUGUGGUCCAACACCACACUUAGCCGCAUUCUCUCAAAUGACAUGCCUGAGAUUGAGAGAGUUCAUGAAUUUUUGGAUUUGGAAGGUCCCACACUUCUUAACAUGCGCAUAAAGCACCUUAUGAAAGGUGGAUGCAUUGAGAAGGCUGCCGUCCUGUCCAAGGUGUGUUCAGAGUACCCGGGAUAUGAAGGAAAAGGAAACUUCAAGCAAACAUAUCUGGUUUGCAUUUGUAUGACAAAAUCACCAGAGCAACUAGUGGAAGAGAUUACACAUGUGGACUGUAAAGAUGCUCUAGAGAUGAUAUGUAAUCUAGAGUCAGAAGGGGAGGAGAAAGAGGCUCUUUGUUUGUGCGCUGCGUUCCUAAAGAAACAGCUUCUCCAGGGAGACAUGUACUGUGCCUGGGAGCUCACUCUUUUCUGGAGUAAGCUAGUGAUGCGUGUGGAAUCCUCGGCAGAGAUGUUUCUCGCUCAGUGCAGGAAUAUGGCCCUUCUCUCCAGGAGUGUGUGUCACAUUCUCUUCCUCAUUAAAGUGAUCCAAUCUGAGGCCGAGGGGACAGGACUGCCGGCAUGUAUUGAGAUGUGCAUACAAGCUCUACAGAUGGCUUCCAGCGACAACACGGACAGCAAAGUGACCAUCUGCAAAACAAUAUCCUGCCUUUUGCCCAUUGAUCUAGAGGUCAAACGGGCAUGCCAACUGACGGAGUUCCUUCUCCAGCCUACUGUGGACUCGUACUACGCAGUGGAAUCACUCUACAAUGAACCAGACCAAAAGCUGGAUCAAGAGGAGAAUCUACCAGUACCCAAUUCACUACGCUGCGAGUUACUGUUAGCCUUGAAGACACAGUGGCCUUUUGAUCCAGAGUUCUGGGACUGGAGAACCUUAAAGCGCAAUUGCUUGUCACUGAUGGGCGAUGAGGCAUCCAUUGUGUCAUCAAUUGACACUCUUAAUGACACUGAUGACUAUGAGACUGAGGUAGCAGACAAGGGCCCAGAAUUCACUGACCUGCAGGAUUUUCUUACAAACACUACAAAUGAACUGAAUGAAAUUACUGAUGAGAAAGAAAAAAAUAGAGAAGCUAAGAAAUUAAGGGAGCAGGGAUUUGUUUCUGCAAGGUUUAGGAAUUGGCAGGCCUACAUGCAGUAUUGUGUUUUAUGUGACAAAGAGUUCUUGGGUCACCGGAUUGUUCGUCAUGCACAGAAGCAUUUCAAGGAUGGGGUCUAUAUGUGCCCGAUUUGUGCAGAUAGUUUUGACAGUAGGGAGGUUUUGGAUCCACAUGUUGCAUCACAUGUAAAGCAAUCUUGCAAAGAGAGACUUGCAGCUAUGAAAGCCCAGAGCAAAAUACGCAAGCCACCACAAUCCCCAGGCAGCCAGUCUAAAAGCUUCAAAGAUACUGUCGUGAAGGUCGAGGCCAGUUCAAGCGAUGGAAAUCACACCAGUUCUGACACAUUGGUCCAAGUCAGUCCACAGAAACCUCCACCCAAAUGUGAUCAGGAGUUUACUGAUGACUGCUCCUGUCCUGUUACCAACUGUAACAAAGUUUUCAAGUUUUUCCGUCAUCUGAUGUGCCAUGUAAGAGCCCAUAAAGAUGACGAAGAAGCCACUCAUUUCCUCGAGUUACAGAAGCAGAAGGUAGUGUGCCAGUAUUGUCGUCGGCACUUUGUCAAUGUUAGGCACCUCAAUGAUCAUUUGCAAAUGCACUGUGGCACUAAGCCGUAUUUCUGCAUACAGCUGAAUUGCACAGCAAACUUCAGCUCAAAUUCUGAGCUCCUAAUGCAUAGGAGACUACAUACAGAAUUCAAAGCGCAGUGCAUGUUCCCUAAUUGCGGGAUGAUUUUCAACGAGGCUUAUCUCCUGUAUGAUCAUGAGGCACAGCAUUACCUUACCUACACUUGCAGAAUGGCAAAUUGUGGGAAGACUUUUGAUUCACAGAUCCAGUUCAAGCAGCAUCAGGACAGCCAUGGACCAAAUGAUGCUCUCGUUAAUGAGAACAACCUUGAACCUAAAAUGGAACCAUCAACCCAGUACUCCCCAAGUAAAGAGGGUAAAUGCUCAGCCUUUGUUCGCCUGGAACGGAUUAAUGAACAGGAUUACAUGAGGGAAGGGGCCCUCAAAUCAGACACAUUAAGGUCUCCGCAGCACCCUAAAGAACUGGGACCUGUGAGAGUGAAACACUCAGUUGAAAACAUGCUGAAUUCUGUUAUGAGCCCCACAAACGAACCACAGAAGUGUUAUACCCCGUUGACUCCACCUCCUGCAUUACAGCUGGGGGAUGGCAGACCAGAUCCCCAUCUUCCACAACCACACCAUGCUGCUAUGGCAGCAAAUGGUGAGAAUCCCAUGGAUCCCUGUACAACCAAACAUGUGAAACAGGACCUGGAAGAGAAACCUGAUAAUGGAGUACCCCCUGUUUAUCAGAAAGUGUUGCCACAGAUAUUUCCCACACCAGCAAUUAAGAGUGAAAACCCUUUUUCGUUAGUAGGGUACCCCACCACUCCUACUGUUUCUAGCAGUGAUGAGAACGCUCACAGCUGUCCAUUUGAGGACUGCACACGCUCUUACAGCACCAACAAAAGCCUUUCCAGGCAUGUAAAGAAAAUUCACCCUGACAUUUUUGAGAAAUGGAAAUUGGCCAAGAAAUACAAUAAAGUUGUCAAGAUAACAGCAAAAAAGAUGUCAUCCAAGGCUUCAGAUGUUGAUUCACCAUGCCAAGAGGACAGGACACAGCAUCACCUGUCACCUCUAUGCAAUAAUACUGGGCUGCAACAGAUGGAAUACCCAAUUGCAUGUUCAAGCUCACCCGCUCCUUGCUUUCCUGUCUCCACUGAUCCAGUGCCUAUUACUCCAAUGAUAAACCACUCCAUGUACCCUCAAUGGGGCAAUACACAGACGCCCACUGGACUGAUGCAUGCAGACAUGUCUCAAGCCUGGUCUACAUCUUCUGUGAACAAUUGCUAUGCAGAUGCCUACCACAUGAAUGAUUACCCAUCCAGGAUCUUAAACCACUGGCAGUCAGAGCCUUAUCAAACCCCAGCUGUUCACCCAUCAGAGAGGGACAAAGAGCAUUUAAUGGCUGCUAUCCACUGUGGUACUAUCCCACAUGGUUGUUCAGAACCAAGUUUGAUGAAUGAAAUGUCUCAAUAUGUGUCAAGCUCUUUAAUGUUGGAUAAUGGGGUACAAGUGCACAAUGGUGGACACCAAUAUGGGAUUAUGCAUCCAGAUGUCCAUCCAGAUAGUGUGGAUACUUCCCUGAUAAGAAAAAGCAAUGUCAAUAUGCCUGACCAGAUGGAUAAUGAUAUUAUCACAGUGGUUGACAGCAUGCCAGGGGGGAGUUAUAACCCAUCCUAUGUUUCUAACGAUUCUUCCAGUCUCAGUCCCAGGACUCUAAUUGACAACCCAAGUAAAGAAAUUGGCCAUGACAGCCAGAUCACACUGCAUGGCACACUGGAGAUCAUCAACACAGAGAACGUGACACCCAGUUUUCAACAUCAAAUCGACAGUUCUGUAGAUGUCAUGCUGAGUCCACCUUUACAGGCAGAUAUCCCAUUUGAAGAUGAUGCAGAGUCUGAGGCUGCCCCUUCGGAGGAGAAAAUUGGCGAUAGUGAGGUGCAAAAGGGAAAACGGAGGCAGAGCAAGAGGGCUAAAUGGCCAGCUAUUAUUAAGGAUGGGAAAGUCAUUUGCAGAAGGUGCUUCAGAGAGUUCUCAAGUACCAAGUCUCUUGGAGGUCACUUAUCCAAGCGCUCACAGUGUAAACCACUGGAUGAAGUAGACCUGACUGCUGAUUUGCCAACAUCAUUUCUUGACUUUCUCAAUGAUCCUCAUGUUCCUGACACUAAUGGAGCAAUUUAUAAUAUGUCAAAUGGGGAUUAUACGCAGGAAACUCUCAAUGUUCCUACUGCAAAGGCUUCUGAAAUUGGCCAACAGGAAGCACAGAAACCCCUGGAUUCCCUUCCAACUUCUGGUGGCCAUGCCUCCCACACCACAGAGUUCAAUGGAAGCCUGGCUGUUAACACCGGGUCUGAUACACCCUCUAAUGCAGCAUGUCCAGAGACCAAGCUCAUGGAGAUUCAAAACGCUUUUCAGAAGUUGGAUCUAGUUGAGGCGGCUCGUGAGAAAAUGCUGGAGAAAAGCUUGACAGAGCAGACUCUCAGUCGCAACGAUGCAGUCUCAGAAAAUCUUAAAAGCGUGACUCCAAAAGUGAAGGUCAAAAAAGAAGUGGAACAUCGGGAAAAGGGCCCCAAGCCUUUUAAGUGUGAACAGGAUAACUGUGAGUAUGGAUGCAUGACAAAAGAGGCAUUAUUUAAACACCUUAGCAAGAUGCACGAUUACUCUAAUGAGAUGAUUGAGGAAUUGAAGAAAACCCCAGUCAAAUUAGCUCCAUAUACUUGUCAGAUUUGCCCAAAAACGUUCACACGAAGUACCGGCCUUAGAAUACAUUAUGAAAAUGUUCACCGCCUGUCAAAAGAUGAGAUACUAAAGUUGAAGUUGGGUCUUCGCAAGAAACGGUCAAGUAAUCCAAGCACAGACACAGAGCCAGAGAGUAGUAAUAGUCAUGACAAUGGGCCCUCAGUAGGGUCAUCUAUAAUAAAACAAGAGCCACUUGACAUUGCUAUUGCUGGUCUUAUGGAAGGCAUGGAUCAGGAGGGAAGUGCCCUGGAAGACAUCCCAGCAGGAAAUGCAGAACCCGAUCCCACGCAGCAAGUUAUAGUUGGGCAGGUGCAGCCAACAGAGAGAAGUCCAAUAAAUUAUGACAGUUCAUCAUCUGACUUGGCAUCAAAAUUCAAAACUGGGCAAACCCCAGAGGAGAGAACUGAGACGGUCCAGCAAGCUGACCACACUCCAAAGGUGGAGCAGAAGGUAGAUAAAAUAAACAUUGUAGCAGAGAGUGAGAUCAAGUCGGAACCUUCAGCUCUGAGUCGGACAACAGAGGCAGUGCCCAGCCAGCAGGACCAGAACCCCUCCCAAGAAAGACCAAGCAGCUCAAAAGGCACACCAUCUAAAGAUAAGGGUCGAGUCAAAAAGAGGGAAAAAGGCAAAAGGAUAAGCCUUAAAAUAUGUGAGGGUGACAUUUCAUUCAGCCCCUAUAGACCAUACCGCUGUGUUCAUGAAGGGUGCUCUGCAGCGUUCACCAUCCAGCAGAAUCUAAUCCUCCAUUACAGGGCUAUGCAUCAGUCAUCCCUCCCUCAAGGGGAAGUCUGUGCAGAGAAGGCUGAUGCCACUAGUGAACAAGAUGCUGAGGUCAAUGACAGUGAAGUCCGGUGUCAAGUGAAAGAUUGCUCGAGGAUAUUCCAGGGAAUCACAAGAUUGAUUCAACAUUACCUAUUACUGCAUAAAUUCACCCGUGACAAAGCUACCGCCAUGAUGUCUAGCAUGAAGGUAGGGACGUUCGAGUGCGACAGGUCACAAUGUACGCUCUUCUUUGAUUCUGUGGAUAAAUACAUUGAGCACAUAAAGAACUUUCACAAGGAAAUUAAUAUCUCAGAGAGUGGAACUGUGGAUCAGACAUUUAAAUGUGAGCAUGAGGAUUGUGAUCGUGUCUACACCACGCGGUCAAACCUUCUUCGUCACCUCAUGAAAAAACAUGAUUUUGUGUGUGAUGUUAAGACACAGCAUGUUAAAACAGAAGAAGUCAGUCCAAAUCACGGCAAAGAGAAUAUUGAAAGUAAAUUUAAAAUAAAGAAGAAAAUUGCAAAGAAGAAAGAUGGUAGAACACCGGAACAUUGGACUAGCUUUGGCAAGCCUUCUCUGAAAUCCCAUGAAGAAGCAUCUGCCAUGUGCACCAAAAAGUCAUCUUUGCAAUACCCCUGUAUGAUAAAAGGCUGUGAUGCAGUCGAACGGGCUGAAAGGAAUAUAUUCAGACAUUACACCACUCACGGCCUAACAGAACGGUACAUUGAGGAUCAGAGAAGCCAAUUCAUUUUCUGUAAAAAGCUCUCACGUUCAAGGUUCAAAGAUGCUAACAAAUCCGAGGGCAUGUCUACAAGCUCAUCUUCAGAGCAGUCAGGCCCUGAUGAGAGUGGCGCUGAGAGUUCAAAGGUCAUUAGUCAGGAGCAGGAGUCAUUGGAGGGCGUCAUCCAGGAUGAGACCAAGCUAUCAAACGACGAGAGCUCCGAGUCCAUCGCGUCCACAGGGGAGGAGAAGAAACGGAGAGGUCGUCCCCGGAAGAAACCAGCCUGCACAGAAAAGAGGUCAACACCGAGAACUCGCUCGACUGUUAUGUCUGAAAACUCUGAUCCCGGCACUACUGGACUCAUAGAGGAGCAGCCUGAGCAGGAAGAGUCUGUUAAGCCUCUCAGAUUUGACAAAUCUUUCCUCCAGUUUCUGGACACCACAGAAUCUCCCGACACUCCGAAAAGGAAAAUGACUGAAGGCUCUGCAACCGAGCUGCCUUUGAAACGGCAACGAACUUUACAGCAGAAAACUGUUAACAUCAUGAACAAAAUACCUGACGAAUUCAAAAUCUGCCAAAACCUUGUUGACUUUAGAAACCCUCUAAAUCUCAAAUCGGUGACUAAUGUUAAGAUUGUAAUGGAUAAAACAUUUUCAGAUGGUGCUGAACAUUUGUUAAAACAACUUCAAGACAUGCGACCCAUGGUAAUUAUAAAAAAGUGUCUCUAUAGUUGAUGGAUAGCUCACAGCUGGAUGUUUUUACUCUCCACUCACUCAGGAUUUGAGAAGAAACAUGCUGCAGACAGGUCUGUUCAUAGCGCAUCAGAUUUCCAAUAGUUAGCAGUUUUUGGUCAGGUGACCAUGAAAAUAUUUUAUACUUAUGAUAUGUAUGCUACAGUCGAUUUUAUUAUGUAUGUUAUUAGUCACAAGAACCAGGUAAUCUAUAGAACAUAGAUUUUAGAACAUGUUUGUAUUUAUGAUGCUUCUAGUACUAAAAUUGUUUUUGCUAAACGGAGAAUUUUAAGCAAAAACAGAAGUCUUUAUAUAUCCCUAUGGGAUUUUUUAAGUUGUGUUUGUAUUUAUUUUUCUUAUAUAUUUUCUUUCCAACACUAGUAUCUGUAAUAUUUACAUGUCUUCCACAAAGUGUUCAAUAAACUGUAACUGGUCGCUUUUGUAAAACUUC